AUGGACGAGAUUGACAACAAAAACACCAAGACGACCAAUCAAGCUUGGAGACGAAAGCCUCGCAAUUUUGCGCCAAAAUCCAAACUAGGCUGCAAGACUUGCAAGAUAAGACGAGUGAAGUGCGAUCUAUCCCGGCCUUCAUGCUUGAAAUGUCAGUCCACGGGUCGUACCUGUGACGGCUAUUGUGAAGCGCCACUCGCUUUGGAGACCGAUAACGGAUCGAGGCAUUAUCACAACGACAAGGCCAACAAGAUAGAGGGUUACGAGAGUAACUACCCUCCCACUACGAUCAAUGCAUAUCAGCCUGAACUUGGCUAUACGACUCAUGGUCUCAAUCUACAAAAUCUCGGAGCCUUUAUGAUCCUGCCAGUCACUGAGCCAGCACAGGCAGAGGCAAUGUGUUUCUUCGAGUACAUUUCGAUCAAGCAUCUGAAUGAAUAUAACCCCUGCGAGUCAUGGCGGGAGACUCUUAUGUUCCUCUCCCAAACAAUGCCGUCUGUGCGUCAUGCCGCCAUCGCUCUGGCCUUAAUCCACCAAGACCAACUUGAUCGCCAUUCCAGCCACCUUGUGUUCCCACCGCACCACUUGCAAGACUGGCCACCGGACAAGGCUGCCCUAUUUCACUACAAUCGGGCUAUCCAGCUUCUCCUGAACCAGGAAAUUGGUGACAGCACCGAAAAAACAGCCAUCACCAUGCUGGUCUGCUAUCUGUUCAUCUGCUUUGAGAAGCUGAUGGGCAACUACAUACAAGCGAGUAAGCACCUACGCGGAGGCGUAGAGCUCUCACGCGAUAUUGAUAAGGCUAUGCUAAGCAACACCAAUGUAUAUGAGGACGCCAAACUCACAGGGUUUCGCAAGCUCAUCUGCCAAGUCACGAGAGAGAUUCGCCGUCUCGAUAUGCAGGCCGUCAUGUAUGUGGUCGAAUGGUCUCCCGACGAUAUGCAAGAGAAACUUAUGUCCCAGCUUCCAUCCUUCGAUAGCGCCUUUCAAUCCCUCGACCAAGCUGCCGACCACCUCCAGAUCCUCACUGCUGGGAUAAUGACAUUACGCAACAUGGAGCAGCUGAUGUUUUCGGCGUAUGAAACGCCGCCAUUAUCUUGGUCGUUUAUGGACACCGUUCUUGAGAAAAUGGAAACGUGGUCCAGUCUCUUCGAAAACAUGCUACAACAAGGCAGACCCUAUGAUAUAGGUACUGAAACUGACUUACGUAUACCACUGCUACGCCUACAACAUACUAUCGCGAGGAUUCUGCUCUGUACUUAUGGAUCUGGUAGGGAAAUGGACUUUGACAAUUUCCUACCCCAAUUCCAGCAGGCCGUAGCCUUAGCAGGUGAUGUAGCUACGGCGCAUGAGCGAUAUUCGGGGUCACUAAAGCCAACAUUUACGCCGGAGAUUGGAUUUAUCCCCGUACUUUACAUAAUUGGAGUUAAGUGCCGGGAUCCCGUGCUCCGGCGGCAGGUUUUGCCCAUCUUGCGGCGGCAACCAAUACGGGAGGCGGUUUGGGAUAGCAUCUCUGCUGCCAUGAUUGUUGAGCGGGUAAUUGAGAUUGAAGAGAGUGGAUCGAUGGAGGGGAGGAUGGCCCAAAGCAGGGAGCAAAUUGCUGCUUGGCAGAGGGUCGAGAAUGUAUCUUGGAAGCAUGUCCUUAGCGAAAAGUCUGCUUAUAAGCUGGAUGUUAGAUAUACAUUCUGCGGGCGUAAGGGAACGUAUAUGGACACUAUUAUGAUCUAA